AUGGCUGGUCUUCUCGGGCUCCUGGUGUUUUGGGUGUCUCUGGCAGGCUCCAUGCCCAACCGCCCCGACUGGUUCCACAACAUUUCCACUAACUUCUUCUACCUGAGCGGAGAUGUGAUGCUGGGAGGACUGUUUCCCAUCCACGAGCGGUCCGACACCCUGAUGGACCGGACAGUGCCCAACAACAUCACCUGUGAGAGACUGAAUGCACUCGGGCUGGGUCUGUCUCUGGUGAUGAAAUAUGCUGUGGAUGAGAUCAACGGAAAGCAAAGGCUGCUUCCGGGCAUGACGUUAGGUUAUGACAUCUACGAUACGUGUAAGGAGUCUGCAGUCAUCAUGAGGCCCACGCUCUCCUUCCUCACUGCCAAAUCCACCAGGGAGCUGGACGUCCGUUGUAACUACACCGACCAUGAGACCAGGGUCUCAGCCGUCAUCGGACCGCUGACCUCCGAAAUGGUCUCAGUCAUUGGCAAGCUGCUGGGAUUCUUUCUGAUACCACAGAUUAGCUACGGCGCCACCAGUGACAAAUUCAGCGACAACGUCCUAUACCCGUCAUUCUUCCGCACCGUCCCCACAGACAAGUGGCAGGUCCAGGCCAUGGCACAUGUCUUGACGGAGCUCCACUGGAACUGGGUGGCAGUGGUGGGCAGCGAUGAGGAGUACGGCCAACAAGGAGUGGAGGAGUUCUCCAAAGAAGCUGAGAAGAUGUCUGUGUGUGUGGCCUACCAGGGCCUCAUCCCGGUCUACACAGACCCAGAACCAGUGGUGAAGAACAUCAUUGAUAAUAUUGAAGCAGCCAAGGUGGGAGUGGUGGUGGUGAUUUCUCUGGUGGGCCCAGCAGAGCUCUUUUUUCAACAGGUUAUUAACAGGAAUAUAACCAUGGUCUGGAUUGCAAGCACGAGCUGGGCAGUCCGCCAUGAAAUCAAAUCCCUUCCAAAUGUCCAGAAGGUUGGCACCAUCAUAGGCUUCACCUAUAAAAUACUGGAACUGCCACAGCUCUAUGACUACACGCUGGAGCUCUUCACUAAGCUGAGUGAACAGCCGACAUCAUUUUCCUUUGACCGCCCGGUCAACACCUGCCCCCAAUGUGUGGACAUCACACCAGCUAACAUCAGCCUGAUCACCGAUGCUGCUGUCCAGGGAUUGGCCUUCAGCGUCUACGCCGCUGUCAAUAGUGUAGCUCAGGCGCUGCACGACAUGUUGGGGUGCAACUCCCAAGGCUGCCAGUUUUGGGAAGCUGGAACCAAAAUCUUACCAUGGCAGUUGUUGGAGGUUCUACGGAACACGUCGAUCGACAUCAACGGCACCAGGAUCAUGUUUGACGCUAAUGGCAACCCAAAUAUUGGCUACAACGUGGUUCAGUGGGUUUGGAAUGGCACUGACUUGGACUUCCAACAUGUGGGGAUCUACAAUGGAAGUUUGUCCAUCGACCCUUCCCUUUUUAAGUGGCACACAAAUAAUUCAGAGAUGCCUAAGUCAACAUGUUCAGCGGCCUGUGGGGUGGGUCAAGUCCGAAGGGUCAAAGGGUUUCAUUCCUGCUGCUUUGAUUGCAUCGACUGUCUGGAAGGCACCUUCCAGAAGGAGAAAGAGGACAUCCAGUGCACCAAGUGUCCGGAGGGUCAGUGGUCGUAUUUCCGCAGCACCAACUGCACCUUACCCACUUUCACCGUGCUGUCCUGGGACUCCCCUGAGGCUGUGGCGCUGAUACUGGGUAUGGUGGUGCUGCUGCUCUGUCAGGCAUCGGUUUUGCUCCUCUUCCUGAAGCACCGAGGAACCCACAUGGUCAUGGCCUCGGGAGGAAACCUGAGUUUUGUGAUCCUGCUCAGUUUGAUGGGAGCAUGCUUAAGUCUGCUGCUUUUCCUGGGAGAGCCAGGAGACACCGUGUGUCGUCUUCAGCUUCCUCUCUGCUCCGUAUUCCAGACUGUUGCUGUCUCGAUUAUCACAUCUGUGGCUCUGCAGAUCUUCUUUGUGACGGAGUUCAAUGAGAAGGUUGGCAAACUGCUCCCCAAGCUGCGCCUCCCCGUGAACUGCGUGAUGGUGUUGAUCUGCCUCGCCGUGCAGGCGGGUCUGUGCGGCUGGUUCGUCCAGGACGGACCCACGCUGUCUGAGUACAAGGACAACAUGAAGAUAGACUUUCUAGAGACCUUCCUGUCCUGUCCACUGGAGCCCAUGUUGGGCUUUGUGCUGAUGCAGGGUUUCCCUUGUGCCCUGACCCUGACAUCCUUCAUGUGCACCUUCAUCGCCGUGAAACCUCUUCACCAGUACAACCUGGCCAGGGACAUCACCUUCUCCUGUCUGGUCUACUGUGUGCUGUGGGUGGUGUUCAUCCCCAUCUACAUCGGCCUCAACCACAGGAAGAGGUCCGUCGCCCACGUGGCUUUUUCUCUGUCCAGCAACUUUGCUCUGAUUGUUGCUUAUUUCGUCCCCAAAUGCUUCCUGCUGUUGAGAAAACCAGAGCUCAACACUCCAGAGUACUUUUGCACCUUCCUCGAGGGCGCCCCAAUGAGCCCACCUGAGGAGGAGGCACAGGCCCCGCCACAGGCCCCGCCGGCAGAUUAG